AUAUAUCGGAGUAUUCGCCGACAUUUUGCACAAAUUCAUCAUCAGACUAACUCCACGGGAGCAGGGAGUGACUUCAAUGUGGUUCAAUACAAAAAAACUGUGAACAAUUCCCUAUGGAUCUUUGGAGUCUUCGCUAUGUGCUACGCACCAUCCUUGUUAAUGUCUGUUGUAUUAGUUGUUAAAGGGUUUUAUGAUUCUACGCGUUUUGGGUUACAAUUUGGGACCAUAGCAGUUUAUUUCAAUUCUAUGCUAAAUACGAUUCUAUAUUGCUGGAAGAUCAAAGAACUAAAAGACAGAGUUACUGUUCUCUUUCGAACUUUAUCCAACUUUCAAUUGAACAGGAUGCAGUGAGGUGGAAAAGAUUUAACGAUUUAUUACACUAUAUUGAAUGUGAUAUGCAUCAUCCAUUUUUAACGUCCAUCUGAUUCUAUGUUGCUGGAGAGAAAAUAGAUAAUUGCCACUGUCAACAAAAUUAUGUACGGUAGGGUGACAAAGGCUUACAUAUUUUGUUUAAUCUAGAAGGCUGCAUAAUCUUCAGAAGAACAAUUUUCAAGGAAAAUGUUAUUGGUGUUAAGGUUCUCUGUUUACACUAGGAAGGGGUACACAAAAGUAACGAAACUCUAAACUAUCUGAGAGCAAACUGUGGCAAAUUCCAGCGAAGCAAAUAGGUGUAAAACUUUAAAAAGUGUCUCAGAAAACAAUAUCAUAAGAUGAUGUAAAGUAGAGAAAAAUGUUUUUUCGUCUUGUCACAAGCGCAAGACAAAGAAAAAAUUCUGAGUCCCCUUGAGGAAUCGAAGUAGGAAUUAAAGUAGUUUUAAGUAAUAUAAAUAGUGGUCUGCAAUUAACAGCAGAACUACAUGUGCUGUGAAUACUUUUGUGAGUGGAAACUCCUGCAUUCCCGAUAGUGCUUCUUGUUUAAAAAGACUAAGGCGUAGAAAACCACCAAUGACGACGUGGUCUAUAGUAACCUGCAACAUCGGAAUUGUAGGGCUUUUCAUUGCAAUUGCUACCAUCAUAAAUCCAUCUCUAUGAAAUACUCAGGAUAUUGCAGGGUAAUAAAUCAUUUAAGUAGACCAUUGUGCUUAAAGUGGUGUUAAUACCAAUUGUAAAUAUUGCGCUGCAACUACCAUUUUCUUUUCACUUUUCUCAGAAGGUUUUUGGGCUUCAAUACAAUUAAAAAGAGACUUCAAACACUAAAUAAACGAUCAUCAUCUAAGUUUUUUCUCAUCAAAUUUUACGUCAUCUGUGAUAUAUUACAGAACAAACACAUGGCGUGCAUCAAUAACAUUACAUGUGCGGUUGCACUUUGCUAUAAAGUUAACUUGAUCACGUGGAAAUGUAAAUGUGUUGUUACUGUAGUUAUUUAUCAGUGUUAAAACGUGCAGAUGAAUAUCAAAGGGUCUAAAAAACGAGUUGAGCUAGAUAUUUCUCAUUUUGCAAUAUUCUGGAGUUUGUUGGUGUUUCUCUUCUUACCUUUACCUGGUCUGACCGAUUGACAGAAGGGAUAUAUUGACCGAAAUUGCAGGAAAUACAGAGGUAUCGCCUGCAUUUUGAAAAUUAUCAUAUUCAUAGAGUAAAUUAGAUGUUUUCGGUGUCUUCAUCUAUUUGUGGUUCAUUAAUAAAUUUUUAGUGUUCCUCGAACGAAGUCAGUUGAUCCUAAGGCGAGAGCUGCUCCACCUUCUUGUUGGAAGCACUUCCUCAAAAAAGGCUUCUCACAGUCCUAGCAAAAUAUUCAGGAUCCUUUUUCCACCUCGUUCAGUGCAAAUGUACAGGAAAGCUGUUGUACUAAUCUUUUGAAAUAAAUUAACCUCGUUUAAUCGCUUAACUUGUCGGGCUUUGUAAACAUAAUAAGGAAUUGUGUAUAUCUCUGGUUCAUUGAAGCGGGGAAAUCAUUAGUCAUAUAAUCUGAGAAAUCAGGUCUGAUUUUCGUAUCUGAAUGUUGCUCUUAAACGAUUUUCUUAAAAACAAGGGUAGUUAAAAAGACACAAGUUACGUCGCUGAAGUGUUUUCGCCGUCUGCAGACACAAUAAAAUUUUUUUAUCUCUAAAACAUUACUGAUCUAGCGUUGAAGCUAUGACAACAGAGACAGAACAAAAAACGGAAACACUCCAACCAAAGUUGUUGAGCUACUCAGUUCUCUCCAUAUUGGCUUUGGAGGCAGAUCUUUUUGCUUUAGACUGCUGUGCAAUUAAAAGACAAUCAUUUGACAUUUACUUGUCAUUUCUGCAUGAAAGCGUCAAUAAAGACUUGAUAAAGUCAGAAGUUUGCAAGGAAAGCACUUGACAAACCAUUUAAUUCUAACUAAAAUAAAUCAAGUCAAUAUCAUUUGUGGGAUUCUGACACGAGGUCCACAUGUUUACUGUUCAGGAUUUUAGAUAUACCAAAUGGCUUAGACUCCUUUAAGAAACCGGUAAAAGAUCUUUGUCUUCAUUUCCACUUGAUUGGCGGCAAGAUUUAUUGAUGGAAAGGUCAUUUGGACCAUUCUGCAGCUAUACGAGCCCUCACUACUACCCAGCCGCGCUAAGAUUUCCAAAAGCUGUGUACAUCGUUGCUUGUGUUCUUAGCACGAUCACUUUACUUGCAUUAAUAGUUGGAAACUUUUUAAUUCUUUUGGCUCUUCGCAAAUGCCAGUCUCUACAUUCUCCAUCAAAAGUUCUGAUAUGCAGUUUAGCUUUGACGGAGCUCUUUGUUGGAGUGGUAGUUGUUCCGCUCUUCGUAGUAUACUAUACGAUGAUCAUUUUAGAAAAACCCAGAUAUUGCUGUACUGUGGCUAUCACAUAUGCCAGGAUAUCGACCUUCAUUGGUACUGUUUCGCUCGAGAACAUAGCCACCGUCGCCAUUGAUCGAUAUCUCGCUCUGCGUCUCCGGCUGAGAUACAGACAAGUCGUGAAAUUUGGACGGGUUGUUUUUAUUUUAGUUUUAGAGUGGAUCAUCGCCGCAAUCUUUGCAGGUUCCUGGUUUCUAAAUGGAUCCAUCAAUUUAUUGUCUGGUACAAUUGCCAUGCAUAUAAUCUGUCUCAUCAUAUCUUUUUUCUAUUUUUAGUAUCAAUCACGGCAUCCGGCUUCACGUUGCGCAAGUUCAUCAUCCGACAAACUCCAAUGGAUCAGGGACUGACUUCAAUGUGGUUCAAUACAAAAAAACUGUGAGCAAUUCAUUGUGGAUCUUUUGGCUCUUUCUUUUGUGCUACAUGCCAUCUUUAUUAUCAUCCCUUACAGUAGUUGUCACAGGACGUAAUGAUUCUACUCGUUUUGCAUUGCAGUUCGUGGUCAUAACAGUCUAUAUCAAUUCUGUUUUAAAUCCGAUUCUUUAUUGCUGA